AUGAGCGAGAACCCCGCCGCGCCUCCCAAGCACGAGGGCAAUAGCAAGGAGAGCGCGGAAUCGAAGAAAGAGCCCAUUGAAGGCGUCGAGUACGACGACUUUGGUCUGCCUAUACGUAAAAGGCGGCUUCCCACUCCGGUCGACGAUAGCUCGGAUUCUGAGGGAGAGGGGGACAAGUUUCAAGAUGCGGUAGCUUCUGCAGGGGCAAGUCGAGAAGAUGUUUCCAUGCUGGACAAGUCCAAAGAGCCCACCAAAGAAGAAAAAGACACAUUAGAGAAGCUGUCAGAGACCAUGGCAGACAAACCCGAGGCAGACAGUAAUGCGCAACCGCACGUCAAUGGGCAGGCGAAGGAGCCGGUGGAGAAGGCCGAGCAGAAGGAAUCUGGCGACAAACCUGCAGAACCAAAGCAAGACAUGGCCGACAGCAAACCGCCUCUCGAGACCACAGAACCUUAUAAUAGCGCAACCGCUGCGACUUCAUAUCCGCACCGAACGAGUCUCGCGCCCGCAGCCAUCUCCGAAUACUCGCACCAGCACACCGUCACACAAGCACAAAAGCCAGCGGAAGGCGAGUUCAAGGAUGACGACGACGGCGAGUGGCAAGAGAUGCCAGCAUACGCCCACUACGACAUGUACGAUGAUGACAACAGGCUCAUUGCGAAGGAGAAUGCCGAAGAGCUGGAAGACAUGAGCGGCUAUGGCAACGUCGGAGGCGCGGCCAAGGGCUAUACCAGGGUCAUCAUGGACGAUGAUGCCGACUCGCAGACAAGCAUGGAUGAUAAUACUGCAUAUCUCUUCAAGGAGAGGAGCACUGCACUGGCCGAUGAGGACGAGGAAGGGCGAGAUCCGCUCGCGCAGAUGCAAGCCACCAAGAACCUACUCACCGAAGGUCAACGUGUCGCAUACGUUGGUCUAGUGCGACUGGCUAUGGUGGAAAUGAACAGGAAGUUCUCAAAGUUUCAGACUCAGACGAACAAUAAGAGUAUGAAGAAGCUGCUGGAAAUGCAGGCGGCGACAACCAAGAUGUGGUCGCAAAAGAUCAUGGUCAAGAUAUAUGGGCACAUGGAUAUCAAUGCUUCCGAGCAACUUAUGAUUGAGCAGCUGUCCGAGCACGGCGUGGUUCCGGCAGACCUGACGCCAGCACUAAUGAGAAACGCUCGCGUCAAGAACCCUGCAGCAGAAGACACCGAUACCGUAAAUGAGUCGGACUCUGCAAGACCCUCGAUGUCAUCGCCGCGCGACUCUCUAGCAGACAAAUCAAGAUCGAAGAACUCGUCAGUAGACUUGCAAGAUGAUGGACAAACACCGCCCCCGCCAGCAUACAAAGAACACGAAGAGGUCGGUUUCGAUUACCCAGAAGUCAAAUCGCCUUCGGAACUUCCUAAAAGCAAGAACCUGGACAUUGACCUCCGAUGGACAGUCUUGUGCGAUUUAUUUCUGGUUCUCAUAGCAGACUCAGUCUACGAUUCGCGGUCAAGAGAGCUCUUCGAACAAGUUGGAAAGUACCUAAGCGUAGACUGGUUGGAGACCUGCCGCUUUGAAAAGCGCGUAACAGAUGCCUUGGAAAUGCAGGAACAAGCAGACAAGGAAAACUGGAACGAAGAUGAACACAUGGCUAACCGAGCCAAGCGUUCGCGCAACAAGCGGAUAGCAUUUAUGGGUCUUGCAACCGUCGGUGGUGGUCUUGUCAUUGGCUUGUCUGCAGGUCUUCUUGCACCUGUCAUCGGAGCCGGACUUGCAGCGGGUUUCACAACUAUUGGUGUAGCAGGUACCAGCAGUUUUCUUGCAGGUGCUGGAGGCGCUGCCAUCAUCACGUCCACGGGUGUUGUCACCGGUAGUACUGUCGGUGUCAGAGCGAUGGACAGGCGAACGGGUAACGUCAAGACAUUCGAAUAUCGACCUCUUCAUAACAAUAAGAGGACACAUCUCAUCAUUACAUUGGCAGGCUGGAUGAACGGAAAGGUCGAUGACGUCCGGUUGCCGUACAGUACUGUGGAUCCAAUUAUGGGCGAUAUUUAUUCCGUGUUGUGGGAACCUGACAUGCUGCGGAGCAUGGGUGCCACCAUUAAUAUUCUGGCUACUGAGGCUCUUACACAAGGUCUGCAACAAGUGCUUGGAAGUACUAUCCUAACAACUCUCAUGGCUGCCAUGACACUCCCUCUGGCAUUGACAAAGCUGUCUUAUCUUAUCGAUAAUCCGUGGAUUGUAUCACAAGCGCGAGCAGACAUGGCGGGACUUAUUCUUGCUGACUCGCUCAUCGACCGCAACUUGGGAACAAGACCUGUGACCCUUGUUGGUUUCUCACUGGGAUCGAGGGUUAUCUUUUCAUGCUUGAAGGAGCUUGCAAAACGAGGGGCAUUUGGAAUUGUGCAAAAUGUGUACAUGUUUGGUACACCGGCCGUCGCCAAGCAUGAUGAAUACAUGAGGGCCAGAUCCGUGGUGCCUGGAAGAUUUGUCAAUGGCUAUGCUACCAAUGAUUGGAUUCUAGGAUAUCUCUUCCGCGCGACCAGCGGUGGUGUCAUGCGUGUCGCAGGUCUCGCUCCCGUCCAUGUCCCUACUAUCGAAAACGUAAACGUGACCGAAUUUGUACCUCGUCACAUGGCCUAUCGAGCCGCAAUGCCCAAGCUGCUCCGCGAAGUCGGCUGGCUGGUUGAAUCCGACGAGUUUGUAGAAAUUGAAGACCCAGACCCCGAAAACCACGAACUCUGGCAACGUGAACUCAUCAACGAAAUCGAAGAAGCCCGCAAGGAACUCGAGAAGAAAGCCCAAGAAAAAGAAAAGAAGGGCGGCAAACUCAGCUGGUGGAAGAAGAAGAAAGCCGACAAGAAAGAAUGGGAAGUCUACGACGAACAAUCCUCCGCCCUCCCCGCCCACAAACGCCUCGACCAAGACCAAGACCCAGCCAAGCUCGCCGAAACACAAAUCAUGUUCGAUAUCGACGCCAUCCGCAAGGAAGUCGCUGCGCUCGCGGCCGAAAGCAAAGAAUACAACGCAGAAGCUGAAUUCGAAAUCAAAGAGAUCAAAUCCACUCUUCCCCCCAUGAAAAUCGACAUGGCAACUGUUUCCCCAUCCACACUCCGAGAAACGAAAUCUUACAACGAUAGCCUGGGCGACUCUGGUAAAACGACAAACGGCAGUGCGGCACAUAAACCAGCCCUCACAACAAUGGGCGGCGCAUUUGAAGAAUACGACGAAUUCGACGACCCUGGUGCGGGAAGCAUGGAAAUGACAUUCGAUACCUCGUUCCACGAUGACAACAAAUACGAUACCGGAUACACCUCCAAACAUAAAAACACACCCUCACUCGCCCUCCCACCUUCAGUAGCAGCGUCUUCGCGCCCGAAAUCCCCGCUCCCGCUUUCUCCCUUGCCAGCCCAGCCUAGUCGCUCCGGCGCUACCUCGCCCUGGGGCCCGUCGUCGCGCGCUGUGAGCCCCAGAUGGAGUCCUGAACCUGCUGUCCUCGGUGGUGGUGUUGGGGGCGUAGCGGCACCCUGGGAUGAUGAACCGUUUGAACGGCCGAGGCUGCGGUCCAGUAAGACGGAGCCUGCGAGUGGGGCUUUGCUGGGAGGUGGGGAUCUAGGGAAAAAUGCUUGGGCGGAUGAGUUUGACGACGAGUUUGGGGGGGAGAAGGAGAUGAAGAUGAGUUUUAUGUGA